UGUCUUUAUGACAGUAGUAGGGAGAGGUCCUGUUGAAGAUGAGGAUAUAAGUCCUGGCAUGAGGAGCCUGAGACCAGAAGCUUCUCCAGCUGAGAAGAGAGAUGGAGUUCAGAAUGAGGUUCACCUUACUGAUGCUCUGCUGCUCUUAUGCUGCUGUGGCCACGGCUCAAGUGACAGAGAUGCCAGGAUGGGCAACUCAGACAUCAGCAGGUAAACCUGAAUUAUGUUUCCUUCCCCUGGAUGAGGGAACAAGUGAAGAUGGAAUGUUCAUGAUCUACCUCCACUACGACGCUGUGAAGGACAAGUGCUACCCGUUCAAGUACUUCGGCAGUGGAGGCAAUGCCAACCGCUUUGAGUCUGAAAGGGACUGCAUACGGAACUGCUCUGCCAACGCUAACACUCUAUACCCCUCCCCAGAAUCUAAGGCCUGCCACCUACCCAAGACUUCGGGGGAGUGUUUUGGUCAGUAUCUGCGUUAUUACUACGACGCCCAGCAAAAGAGAUGCGAGAAGUUCAUCUGGACAGGCUGUGUUGGCAACGGCAACCGCUUCCUGGACGAGCUGUCCUGCAAUAGCACAUGCCAUGGCAUCGAAGAUCCUGAGAAGCCUAUGGCGAAGCAGCUGGAGGACUUGGUGGCAAAGGCAGACGCCUGAAGAACCCACUGCUGAUGUCAUCAGCCCAAACUAAUCAAUCAUCUCUCUUCCUCCUCAACUAUCAACCAAUCAUGUCUGCCACAGAGACGCUCUAUGGCACUCUACACAUACAGUAGGUUUCCAGAGGCACUCUAUGGCGCUCUAUGGCCUAUAACAGUGGUUCCCAACCUAUGGGUCGGGACCCAACUUAUGGGUCGCCAAAGAUCCAAAGGGGGUCGCGGAGCCCUCUUGAUUUUAAGGGGUUUCAUUUGAAACACCAUAUAUAGCCAAUGUUGAAUAAAUGACAAAGCAUUUCACUAAGAAGCAUAGAAGCAACACAUUGUAAGUGCUACAUUAAACAUGUAUUCUAUAUUUGACCAAAGACGAAUUGAGGAAUAAAAUAACUAAAAUUAGUUUUCGCAGGAAACAGAGGGCAUCUUGUGACUCCGUCUCGUGCGGAAGCUCGCGAGGUUGGGUCACCAAAGCUUACCAUAGUAAAAACAUGGGUCCCUUAAGAAAAAGGUUGGGAACCACUGGCCUAUAAAGUAGGUUUCUAGAGGAGCUCUAUGGCCCUCUAUACAUACAGUAGGUUUCCCGUUUACAAACAUUUGUGCUGUGAGGAGGGACAAGAUGAUAAACAGCCAACCACGUGAGUGCAUUUUUUGAGUGACCGCAGUUUCCAACAAUCAGAGGUUGAAGAGUGCACAGCCAGGGGCGCACAGCCAGGGAUUGUUUACAAACGGGAAACCCAUGUAUGAUGAAAUGAUUAUAUUGCUCUUUUUUCCUUCUAUGUACUUUAAAAUGAUUAUUAAAGCAUUCCAAA